GAAAGAUCUAGGAGUUGAUAUCACACCAAAUCAGUAUCCUGAAGCCCACGUCAAAGGAAUAUUAUCAGUAGCGUAUGCAUGGCUGGAUAACAUUGAACUGCCUUCAGAAACCAGUGUAAAGAAUCAUUCAGAAUCUUUUUUAGAGGUUCUGAAAGAAGCUUUAGAAAGUUCAGAGCCCAUCUCUGCUUCACAGCUCAUAUUUGCUUCUCGGUCCAUCUUUGCUUCUCAACCCAUCUUUGCUUCACAGCCCAUCUCUGCUUCACAGCCCAUCUUUGCUUUUCAACCCAUCUUUGAUUCUCAGCCCAUCUCUGCUUCACAGCCCAUCUUUGCUUCUCAGUCCAUCUCUGUUUCACACCCCAUCUCUGCUUCUCAACCAAUUUCUGCUUCUCGGACCAUCUUUGCUUCUCAGGACAUCUUGUCUUCUCAUCCCAUCUCUGCUACACAGCCCAUCUCUGCUUCUCAGCCCAUCUUCGCUUCUGAACCCAUCUUUACUUCUCAGCCCAUCUCUGCCUCUCAGCCCAUCUCUGCUUCAUUGCCCAUCUCUGCUUCACAACCCAUUUUUCCCAUCUUUGUUUCUCAGCUCAUCUCUGCUUCUCACCUCAUCUCUGCUACACAGCCCAUCUUUGCUUCUCAGCCGAUCUCUGUUUCUCAAACCAUCUCUGCUUUUCAGCCCAUCUUUGUUUCUCAGCCCAUCUUUGCUUCUCAGCUCAUCUCUGCUACACAGCCCAUUUCUGCUUCUCAGCCCAUCUCUGCUUCUCAGCUCAUCUUUGCUUCUAAGCCCAUCUCUGCUUCUCAGCCUAUCUUUGCUUCUCGGCCCAUCUCUGCUUCUCAACCCAUUUUCGCUUCUCUGCCUAUCUCUGCUUCAUAG